UCUCAACUUUUUAUGCAAAGCUUUUAGGGUAUAUUCCUAAAAGAAUCUCGGUAAUAUUUUUCUUAGCCUUUUUUUUUAAAUGAAGAAGGAGCUAUACUUUCUUUUUUAAAUUGAGAUAUAAUUGACAUAACGUGCAUUUCAGGUGCACAACAUAGUGAUUUGAUAUUCAUAUGUACUGAGAAGUGAUCAACAUGAUGUCGAGUUAACAUCCACACACACAGUUAACAAUUUUUUUUUUCUUGUGAUGAGCACUUUUAAGAUCCAUUUUCUCACCACCUUUCAAAUACACGAUACAGUGUUAUACUCUGUCAUCACCAUGCUGUACAUUACACCCCCCAGGACUUAUUUAUUUUAUAACUGGAAGUUUGUACCUUUUGACCACCUAGGUGCAACCUUCUAGCCUCUUUAGAAGCAGGAAAAAUUGAAGUGAUUUUUGUCCUGCUCAUAGAAGCUGCAGCAAAUGAGGGUACUUGGUGAUUGAUUACACGUAUGUAAUGAUGAGCCAAGCUAUAAAAAUAUCUUGGGCACGCGGCCCAGCCGUGUGCCAGUGUCAGGCUGCUUGCUCUCUGAUGACAGAGGGGAGUCUGUGGGAGGAGCCCUGUUGCCCAAAAGAACACACGGACUCAUUUGUGUCCAUACGCAUUCUGGGUUGAGAAAUCGAGAUGACCCAAAGGAAGAUUUUCUUGCAAAACAGUGUCCCUCAAAACACAAUUGUUCUUGGUGUGUGUUCCUCUCUCUCUCUCUUUUUUUUCCCCUUUGGAGUAAACGACCUCUUGCUGCAUGGCUGAGCAUUCUCAGAACAAACAAGGCUCUCAGCUCUGGCACGUCCGGCCCAUCUCACUCUCCGCCCCCAGCCUCCUCCUCUGAGUCGGAGGUAUGAUGGCCCAGGCUGAAGUUUUAGGCUCCCCAUGGCCAUGCCACCCUUCAGUGGGUGCCUCGUCAUGCCAGGAAAAGAAAACAAGAAAUAGGAAAGAAAAAGGGUGGGCAGGUCUAGGGGAAGUCAUCCCAAUAAAGGUUAAUAGCUGGGCGGUGACACCUUCUCACACCACUGGAGAGAAAAUGCUUGCUCCCAGCUGCCUGUCACGGUACUGGGAGUAAGAGGUGACCUAUUUAUUUUUAGAAGGGGACAGUCAUAAUAACCCGGCUCCUAGCUUCAUUCAAGGCAGGCAGGUGCUUUGGACGUUUGUAAACACCUACUUUCUGAAGAAGGGAGGAGCGCUUUUUUUUUUUUUUUUUUUCAAAAGGGAAAGAACUUGAAGGCUGGGGAUCUUCCCCCGGGACACUCGCUGUUGAGUGGAGAAGAAGCCAUUGUAGCACACGAGUGCUACAGCCGUGUCCACUCGGCCAUUAUUUUUAUACAGGGCAGAAAUGCCUGAAGGUGACGACUUUGGACCAGGCCAAAGCUGGGAAGUUAUCAAUUCCAAACCAGAUGAAAGACCGAGGCUCAGCCACUGUAUUGCAGAAUCAUGGAUGAAUUUCAGCUUAUUUCUUCAAGAAAUGUCUCUUUUUAAACAGCAGAGCCCCGGCAAGUUUUGUCUCCUGGUCUGCAGUGUGUGCACAUUUUUUACGGUCUUGGGAAGUUACAUUCCUGGGGUUAUACUCAGCUAUCUACUGUUAUUGUGUGCAUUUUUGUGUCCACUGUUUAAGUGUAAUGAUAUUGGACAAAAAAUAUACAGCAAAAUCAAGUCAGUUCUGCUGAAACUAGAUUUUGGAAUUGGAGAAUAUAUUAAUCAGAAGAAACGUAAGAGAUCUGAAGCAGAUAAAGAAAAAAGUCACAAAGAGGACAGUGAAUUAGACCUUUCAGCUCUUUGUCCUAAGAUUAGCCUCACGGUUGCUGCUAAAGAGUUGUCUGUGUCUGACACGGACGUAUCUGAGGUCUCCUGGACUGACAAUGGGACCUUCAACCUUUCAGAAGGAUACACUCCACAGACAGACACUUCUGAUGAUCUCGACCGGCCUAGCGAAGAAGUUUUCUCUCGAGACCUUUCCGAUUUUCCAUCUGUAGAAAAUGGCAUGGGAACAAACGAUGAAGAUGAAUUCAGCCUUGGCUUGCCCACUGAGCUCAGGAGAAAAAAGGAGCAGCUGGACAGCGGUCCCAGAGCAAACAAAGAGAGGCAGUCCGCCGCUGGCCUCACCCUUCCGCUGAGCAGUGACCAAACCUUUCACUUGAUGCGCAACCUGGCCGGGGACACCAUCACAGCCGCAGUGACGGCUGCCAUCAAAGAGCAGUUAGAGGGCGCCGCGAAGCAAGCACUCUCUCAGGCUGCCCCCAGCCCGGGAGACGACACAGACACAGAAGAAGGUGAUGACUUUGAACUACUUGACCAGUCAGAGCUUGAUCAAAUUGAGAGUGAAUUGGGACUUGCACAAGACCAAGAAGCAGAAGCACAGCAAAGUAAGAAGGCUUCGGGCUUCCUUUCAAAUCUACUCGGAGGAGGCCAUUAGUCUGGGAAUCAACUUGUUCAACACAGCACAGAUAAAACUACCAAAAAAUUAUAAACAAUGCAAAAAAAAAAAAAAAAAGAAAAAGAAAAGGAAAAAAAAUUUUUUUGAACUGUGGGCUUUACUGAUUACUUCAGAUGUUUUUCUUAUUUUCCCUUCUGCAGUGAAUUAAUUGGAUCUAUAUCAGCUGAUACUGAUAGACUGAUAUUUCCUAUAGUUAUUUUUAUGUAAUAAGCAUGGAAAUGAACUUUGUAUACGUAUAUAUACAUGCUGUGUUAUCAGAGACGAAUAUUAGAGGUUGUUUUUAAAGCAAAACACCAACUUAUUGAGAUCCUCCUACACCUAUUCCUUAUUUUUCCUUUACAAUUAAUUUUUCAGGCAUGCAAAAACUUUAUUGUAACUCACUGAAAUAUUAACAAUUCGUUGGUGAAUACAUGCGGUAUCAGCUCCUUUGUUACCGAUACUUGGAAACAGUUAAAAAAAUUUUGGUAGAUUCUGAUGUGAAAAACCAAAAAUUAUCAAGGUAUCUUCAGGUGGAGGACUUGGGAAAUAUUAGCAAAAUUAAUUUCUUAGGAAAAAAUUUUAAAAAUAUAUUUAACUACUUUGGAUAGGCUGAUACAUUUCCAUGUUAUUUCUGCAGUUAUAGACUUAGGCUUACCUAUAAAUGGCAUGCUCCAUGGACUACCAGCUCUGGUCUUGCAAAUGGGUGGUAUUAACCCAUCGAAAGCAAGUAAUUAUAUAUCACAUAGACAGUGGUUUUGAUGUAAACAGAGGUUGGGCUGUGUUUUGUUGUUCAACUGUCAUAUAUUUGUAAUAGAGAUGUUAUGAAGUGCAGGUAUGUUCUGCCUGCUCAGACCUAAGUUAAACCCUCAUCUUUCAUAUUAUGUCAUAGAAAAAGUCUCUUAAAAUUGUGAAAUUAGUUCCUGAUAUGUUCUAUGAGUGGUGUUGUCAUCAGCGGUAGAGAGACAAGAACUGUUUUCGUAGUCUGUCUUAGAGUCUCCUAAAGGAGAGAAAUUUGCUUGGCUUUAAGGUGUAUUUAUUUGCUAUUGAAGUCUAAAUAUGUAACCUGUUUCUCAUUGGGAAGCUAGAAUAUAUUCUUCCUUUAUUUUAAACUUUUUUAGAUCACCUUUAAAUAACCAAAUUUGACUUAGGUUUUUAACAAAACACUUAGCAGAAAUCAAGCUAAUUUUGUUUUUGUGAUACAAACUUUUAAUAGUGUUGAGGGACCAUCUGGCAUUUCUACAGACGCAUGCAGACAUCUGAGACCCUCAGAAAGGAAGGAUAAUCCAAGAAUAUAGGAAAUCUGUGGUCUCUUCCCUUCGUUUUACCCUUUCCUUAUAUUUCUAAAGACUGUAGGUAAUCUUAUGUUUUAAUGUAGCAUCUCUUAUUUAUUUUUUCUUUCUGAGGUAUUAAAAUAUCUAGACUGAAUUUUGCCAAAUGUUAAAGGGAGAAAAGUUACUGAGGACUUUGAACACUUGCUUUUUGUGAUUGACUAUGCUUAUAUGUCAUCAGUGCCUCAUGACUGUGUUUGAUGUCCUUUACUGAUACAAAGUGAGCCUGUGCCUUCAUUAUCUUGCCCAUUUUGGUACAAAUGAAAACCUGGUGUUAGAUCAAUGAACUGUGUGGGUUAGGGAGGAAUAGACCUGAAUUCUAUUCAAUACAAGUUUCUGGACACAAAGAAAAAUACAGUCACAUAUUUAUAAAAUAGUUGUCACCAGGAUUCUUCUUUUUUAAAUUUUUAAUGUGCAUGUUUCUGCAUUUAAAAAGCAUCUGUGGCCAUUAAGUCAAAAAGUGUACAGGUCAUUUCAAUUUCUUCACUGAGGGGAACACAAGAAGAUUGAUCUAAGUAAUUAAAACGUGUUAAAAGUUACUGGACAAGCUUGCAAGAAGAUAAACUCAAGAGUUGGUGGUAUAAGCCAUAAAGAUAGGAUCAUAUAUUAUAAACUAUAAAUUAAAAGGGAUUUGGGGAUGGCAAGGUUGGUAGGGUAGAAAAAUGUGUAACACUUUCGAGAAGACAUACUAGCUCUCUAUGGAGAGUAGCAUUAUAACCAUACGUGUACUUCAAUAUUAUUUAUUCAAGAACAUAAGUGAUUACAGAUUCACACAAUUGAUACUCUUUGAUAAUGGUACUCUUAAUUCAGACAAACAGGGAUGCUGAAGGGGUGUGUGUGUGUGUGUGUGUGUGUGUGUGUGUGUGUGUUUGGGGAUAUAUUUCUGAUUUCAAGAUAUAGUAACAAUAAACCCUGGUGACUGAUCCAGUACCCUGGGAACUAUUUAUCCCUUAUCAUGAGGAUUUCUGCAUUCAUUAAAAGGUGAAAUGUGGAUUUUUUUUUAUUAUUAUUGUAAAGGAAUUGUAGAAAAAUGCUUUGCUCUCUUCCUAUAGAAAAUGAUGAGCAAAACCAGACAAUGGGAAUAACACACACCAAUCAUGCAUUUUGACCUAAAACGAUAAAGCAGGGCUCAGAAGUUCAAGCUUGCUUUGGAAGGUCAAUCCAGGCCUAAAACAGUGUUUAUAUUCUCAUUUUGGAUCAUCGUUGCUUUUUCUUACCCUAAAAAUCUUCAAAUGUGAUUUUUAAAAACUGUCCCCCUUCUAGUGUGGCAGAAUAUUAGGAAAAGAAACAUUUAUAAGGCUUUGCAAUUAGCAAACACCCUCAACGUAUUUAGGCAUAUCACUCAUAUAUUUGAAGUAAGUGCAACUUUUUUCCUUUUAAAAAAAUGGCAAAUGCCAGUGUACUAGCGAUUUUAGGCAAGAAGCAAAUCUACAGUCAAGAAAAAAAAGUGACUUAAACGUUUUCCUUUUCUGUUUAUAAUUUUGGUUGAUGUAGUUCUUUACAUCACUCCAGCUAUAUUCGUUACGAGAUAGGAAAUUAUUCUGAAAACACUUACUAGACUGUUUUCAUAGGUCAUUUGUGUCAUGAUGAAGCUAGAAAGUCUCAGAACUAUAUUUUUGUGUAUUAUUCCUCCAUUUCCAUUGCAGCAUUUAAGGUGGGAUGAGAGGUCAUUAAUAAAAUUAGGAAGCGAACUAUUCUGUCAUACAGGGAUGUUUUUAGAAUAAAUGGAAAAACGUCUGAAGCAUUUUCAGGGGAGAAAAAGGCUAUAUAAAACCAAGACAGUGAAGUUUUUUCCUGCCUGUGUUUCAACUACGCCAUCUUUUCAAACAUUAAAACAAAGUCAAUCAAUAAGUAUCUGCUUAUAAGAAAACUCUAAAGUUAUUUCAGUGGGACUGGCACUAUAUUGGCCUCGUAAUCCAAUAAAUGCUAUGGAAUAAAAAGAUGAAAAGUGUUGCAAAAAUGUCUUUUUUUUCAGUUGACUCUGGACCAUGUGUGAGGUUCUACACUAGUCAUUUUUAAUGGAUCUUACCCUGGGAGACUCCAACUAAGUCACAUAACAUUUGCACCUGUUUCUUUCAUCUAUGAAAUUAGCACCUGCGCCUCAUAGUGUAUAAUUGUCUAAGACGGGGUUUGGCAAACUAUGGUCUAUAGGCCAAAUCUGACCUGCCACUGUUUUUCUAUGGAAUAGCAACUAAGAAUGCUUUAAAAAAAAAAAUUGAAAUCCGAAGAAUAAUUCAUGAUGUGUAAAAUAUGCAAAAUUCAAAAUUUAGUGUCCAUAAAUACAGUUUUGUUAGAACACA